AUUCCAGGACUAGGGUUUUAGAGUUCCCUUAUAACCACCAAAGAACCAAGCUUUCAUCUUUUUUACUUAGCAAGGGAGGGCGCGAGCGAGCGAUCAAUCAAGAGAGCCAUGGUGCACGUCUCCUUCUACCGCAACUAUGGGAAGACCUUUAAGAAGCCCCGCCGUCCAUAUGAGAAGGAACGGUUGGAUGCUGAGUUGAAGCUUGUGGGAGAGUAUGGGCUGCGAUGCAAGAGAGAGCUCUGGAGGGUUCAAUAUGCUCUGAGCCGUAUUCGUAACAAUGCGAGGAUGCUUUUGACCCUUGAUGAGAAGAACCCCCAUCGUAUCUUUGAGGGUGAGGCUCUUCUCCGGCGGAUGAACCGGUAUGGGCUUUUGGAUGAGAGUCAGAACAAGCUUGAUUAUGUCUUGGCCCUGACCGUGGAGAACUUCCUUGAGCGCCGUCUUCAGACACUUGUCUUCAAGUCAGGCAUGGCCAAGUCCAUCCACCAUGCUCGAGUGCUCAUUAGGCAGAGGCAUAUCAGGGUUGGGAGGCAGGUUGUGAAUAUUGCAUCUUUCAUGGUGAGGGUUGAUUCACAGAAGCAUAUUGAUUUCUCACUUACCAGUCCAUUUGGUGGUGGCCGACCUGGAAGAGUGAAGCGAAAGAAUCAGAAGGCAGCUGCUAAGAAGGCUGGUGGUGGAGAUGCAGAUGAAGAGGACGAGGAAUGAGGCAUGGGUUAGGACUUUUGCUAGUGAUACUAGUAGAGCUUGUGUCUCCACUUCUGUUGAACUUUCAAUAUUUUGCCUGCACAAGUUAGCAUUGCUUUGUUUGAGAGAAUAGAAUUAGCUGGUUGUUAUUCAUGUACAAUCUGUCCUUCCUUGGGUUUUGAUAGCGGAAACUUAUUAUUGAGGAUUGCUAGCAUACUUUCUGCUGUCACUGAUAAGCCUUUUAGGCUUGUUAUUUGUAUGUGGGAUGUGGUUAUUGGCUAAAACCUUAACAGUUGCGACUGUUUUUACCCGAAAGUACUCUAUAUAUUAAUGUUUUCUAGUGUA